AGCUGGGAGCCGCAAGAUUUAGGGCAACAGGACCUGCUGACAGAAUGCCUUCACCCCCCGAGCACGGGCCUGAGGCCACCAGGAUGAGCAUCACAGCCCGGCCCCGGAGAGCCCCUACGUCACACUAGCCGGGCCGCGGGGCCCACCCACCUGCCACCCCUCGCGGCUGCGAUGCUGUGCUAGCCACCGCUGAGCGCCGUGACCUCAGGUUUCCGCAGGUUUGGGGUUUGCACGGCAGAGUAACCGUGGAGAGGCCAGGGUACCACAAACUGAUGGAUUUUGACAAGAAAGGAGGGAAAGGGGAGUCGGAAGAGGGCCGGAGGAUGUCUAAGGCCAGUGGAAGCCGGAGCAGCCACGGCGUCCGCGGCUCGGGGGCUAGCUCGGGAGUCCUGAUGGUAGGCCCCAAUUUCCGAGUCGGCAAGAAGAUUGGCUGCGGGAACUUCGGGGAGCUCCGCCUGGGAAAGAAUCUCUAUACAAAUGAAUACGUAGCGAUCAAACUGGAGCCGAUCAAGUCCCGCGCCCCACAGCUGCACCUGGAGUACCGCUACUACAAGCAGCUCAGCACGGCAGAAGGCGUCCCUCAGGUCUACUACUUCGGGCCGUGCGGGAAGUACAACGCCAUGGUGCUGGAGCUGCUGGGGCCCAGCCUGGAGGAUCUCUUCGACCUCUGCGACCGCACCUUCACGCUCAAAACAGUGCUAAUGAUUGCCAUCCAGCUGAUCUCGCGCAUGGAGUACGUCCACACCAAGAGCCUCAUCUACCGCGACGUGAAGCCAGAGAACUUCCUGUUGGGCCGACCGGGCACCAAGCGGCAGCACACCAUCCACAUCAUCGACUUUGGGCUGGCCAAGGAGUACAUCGACCCUGAGACCAAGAAGCACAUCCCGUACCGCGAGCACAAGAGCCUAACUGGGACCGCCCGCUACAUGAGCAUCAACACCCACCUGGGCAAGGAGCAGAGCCGCCGGGACGACCUGGAGGCCCUGGGUCACAUGUUCAUGUACUUCCUGCGCGGGAGCCUCCCCUGGCAAGGGCUGAAGGCGGACACGCUCAAGGAGCGCUACCAGAAGAUCGGGGACACUAAGCGCGCUACGCCCAUCGAGGUGCUCUGCGAAAACUUUCCAGAGGAGAUGGCGGCGUACCUGCGUUACGUGCGGCGGCUGGACUUCUUCGAGAAGCCCGACUACGAGUACCUGCGGAAGCUCUUCUCCGACCUCUUCGACCGCAGUGGCUUCGUCUUCGACUAUGACUACGACUGGGCUGGGAAACCACUGCCCACGCCCAUCGGCACGGUGCACCCCGACUUGCCCUCGCAGCCCCAGCUCCGUGACAAGGCCACACCGCACCCCAAGCACCAGGCGCUGAACUCCACCAAUGGGGAGCUAAAUGCAGAUGACCCCACGGCCGGCCACUCCAAUGCGCCUAUCACGGCGCCUGCAGAGGUGGAGGUGACCGAUGACACCAAGUGCUGCUGCUUCUUUAAGCGGAGAAGGAGAAAAUCACUGCAGCGACACAAGUGAGCCGUGGGCUGCA